CGCCAUCGGCAGCCAGCGGCCCAGCUCGGGCCGCCCCGCGGCGGGCAGGAUGGAAAAGAGACCGGUCUGAAAAAUUGUUCCUUCCUCAACUUUGCUGUUGUCUGCUAGAAUGUUCCUUCUGAAUGCGUCUCCUCUGGUAGCUCUGCAAGGAAAAUGGGGAUCCUUUGGAGCAUCGAGGAGUUAUAGAUACCCGGUUUGCUUCCCUGAGGCUGAAGGGGAUGUCACCAGAACUUCUGUGAGUGCAAAAGUUCAGAUGAUCAUAAACAACCUGCAAAGUCCAGAGUCUCCCCUGGGUAUGAACAAUGAGUAUGACUGUUUUGCUCAGAAGAAACAAAAGGGAGAAAAGGGCUCUAGUAACAGAGUUGCACCGAGCGCUGCGCUGCUACGGAAGCACUGUAGAUAUAACAGGCAGAGUUGCCCUGCUGAUUCUGACAGCUCUGAAGUGGAUGAGAAUGUGGAUUUUGYGCCUCUCCUUCUGGAUUCUGACAGUGACGAUUCUGUCGACCGAGAUAUAGAGGAAGCCAUUCAAGAGUACUUGAAAGCGAAAAGCAAGAGUGACCAUUCGCUGCAGGGAGACACGGAGUGUUCUGAAAAUACACGCAGAGACAAAAGGUUUAAAAGAGAAUUCUCUGAGCGCAAAAUGGCUAAUAAUCUUCUCCCUGUGAAAUUUAAAGCUGAGGUGCUCUCUGAGGACUAUCUUUCUGAGCACUUGGGAAUUGGUAAGAGGCGGCAGCCUGCUUCUCCUGAGAGCAUCAGUAGCGAUGACUCUUUUGAGCAGAGCAUACAAGCUGAAAUAGUGCAGUUCUUGAACGAGAAGAAGCAGCAAGAAAUUAGUAAGUGUGUCACUGGGGAAGAUAAAAAAGAUUCCCCUGUGAGAUCUGCCUUAAAAUGUAAUAAAGAAACAAGUAACAAAGCGAACUGUGGUGCCGUAAAGCAAGGAUGUGAAGCGCUCCUCUUAAGACACCAUCCCAAGCUAAGGAGAACCAGCACCCAGUCCAAGUGUUUGAAGUCCAAAGUCCAAGAAGAGCCUAGUGAUUUCAGCCAAGUGAGCCAAGCCUAUCUGGAAAUGGCCACUGGCAGCCGACCCUGGUUAGUGGAGCAAAAUGAAGAAAGUGGGGCUAAUUUUGGGGGAACAAGGGGAGAACUUACCACUGAGGGCAGGCACACAUCUGACUCGAGCAGCGAUGAUGGUAUCGAAGAAGCCAUUCAGCUUUACCAGAUGGAGAAGGUCAGGCAAGAGGCGGGUCCCUCCACAGACUGUGCCCCUCUGCAGAGAGAACAAUUUGAUGCGAAGGGUGUAGCAGGCUUUUCUGCAAGCCUGACCAUUAGCUCAACAAGAAGUGCCUCCCCACAAGUCCAUAAAAGCCCUACAAGCAGCAAGAGAAAAGAAACUAGUUCAAAGGCAGCAGAAUUAGAAAGCACGAGCCAUGAAUUUAAUAAGCUGUUUAAGCCGCUGAAAAAAACUGGUCAUUUUGCACCUGCAGAAAACAAGAUUUCUGCUUGUGAGCUGACAUUGCAGGCCUCUUGCAGAGCAGACACAUCUACGGAGCUCAUGUGUGCAGAAGCUAUCCUGGAUAUUUCCAAAACAAUCAUGCCUUCCCAAAUGGGAAGUGACGACAAGUCACUUAGUGCAGACUCCUUCUUUUCUCCCCAGCUUCUCUCACCAUCUCACUGCGACAGUGACAGCAGCCUUGUGGACAGUGAUGAUAGCAUAGAGCAAGAAAUCCGGGCUUUUCUGGCUCUCAAAGCACAGUCGGGAAGCCCUGUAAUGAAGCCACCAAGUCCAUCACACGCAGCCCAGAUGCCCUUGCCUUCUGAUGACAGCAACCUCGUGGGUACCCUGGAGCCUCCUCUUCCCAAAACACUCAAGCUGUCACUGAGUCGUAAAAGGAGACUCAAGAGGGAAGGCAGAAUGACAAAACAAGGUGUAGCAAAAACACCUGAACAGUUUGAGAAAGGAUUUUUCCAGCAAGAUUGUUGCCCAAAGUUUUCUGUGCUCCAAGAGGGAUGUGCUCCGAGCAGCCCUAAAGAACUCUGUGACGCCAACAGGGGCAUCAGCAGCAAAGAGACUGGGCAGCAGCAGCCAAUGUCUUCCGAGCUGUCCGGAUCUCUUGGCAAAUGUGUGGCCUUGGACUCUGCAAACCCCUUUAUGCAGGUUCAGAGUAGCACCAGAAAGCUUAUUACAAAUGCGAUCCCAACUCAAGAGAGGGAUGGUACAGCUGAGGAGAGCAGUUCUCUGGAUAGUGACGAGGACCUCGAUAGUGCUAUCAAGGACCUAUUACGUUCCAAAAGAAAAUUAAAGAGGAAGCCUAAAGACCAGAAAGCUCAGGGCAAGAAGAGAGUCAGAUUCAGCGAGACAGAUACUCAACUGCUGGAUGAAUUUAGCAGCCUCCAGCAAAACAAGUGGAAAUGCAAAAAUCCUGUACUACUGAAAAGCUGCCUCGCGAAAUCUGGAAAAGCUAUGAAAGAGAAUGCAACCAGAAAUCCUUCCGACAACGUAAGUGUCAAGCUUGUGAAUGAAAGACCAGAAACCAUGAAGAACUUAGAGUUUAAUUUGCAGCUUAAAAAAGGAUGUAAUUGUAAACCAGUUUCAAGCCAGAACAAUGUGCAGACAGCUAAAAAUAAAAAAUCUACUUCCACGGCUGCAUCAGCCACUGAUGACAGCAGUUCACUUGACAGUGAUGACAGCAUCGAACAAGAAAUUCAGAAAUUUUUGGCAGAAAAGGCCAAAGACUCUUCGGGCAAUUCAGAGAUACAAAGAGAUGAUGCAGCUCUUGACUUCCUGGGAGUGACCAAGCAAAGUGCUAAUAAAGGAAAAGCAAAGCAGCAGCCAGCUGAAAAUGAGAUUGACCUCUUAGUGGCUCCGAGUAAAAAGACUAAGGUGUCUCCUGAAAAGGWUGAACCGAGGAGCUCUCCGGGAACGGAAGGGAAAAGUGCAAUGUUACUUGGCAGCGAGAGAAAUGCUUCGUGUGCAGAGGACGUGCAUCUUCAUACUACUGGUCAGUCAAAAGCUAAACAAGGAGUGCUGGGGGCUAAAGGUUCUGCUGCUGGUGAGUCACCUGCAAAAGGAAACGCAGCCAGUAAAAAGGAAAUCUCUAGCAGAGAGCCCRUGCUGAAAAAAGAUCCACCAAAACCCAGCAAAAAUGAUGGGCGUAAAGUACAAAAACUCUUUAAAGCAAAGCCUAGAUCUAAAAGAAAGAAUACUUUUCACCUGAAGAUUUCAAGUAAAUUCAUAGCAGGUCUGAAAUACGCUCGGGACAGGCAGAAGUCCUUGCUUUUGAACAAAAGGCAGAAAGCAGAAGGGUUACUUGCACAGGCCACUGCAGUAGGAGCAGAGGGAGCUUCCACAGAUACGGACACACUUAAACAGGGAAAAGAAGCCCUCUCGCCAAAAGGUGAUUGUGAUGGAGAGAAAAAGACAGGAAUAARAGAAUCUGUUUUUUCUCAUAAGCUCUCAAUGGAAGCAUCAAGUGCCCAUGUAGCAGACACCUGUAAAACACGGGAGGCUGCUCCUUCGUAUAUCAAAGAGGAAGCAGAGGCUUGCAAAAAGGAAAAUACUUUGGGAGACCAGGCAGAUUCAGGUCUGUCCUUGCAGGAACACAGUGUGGCAGCAGGGAAAGCAGAGGAGAACACGCAGAGAAGCACUGAGGAAGGAGAUGCCCACAAAGACAGGCGAGGAGAUUCCCAUCUAGCUCCCCGGCUGCCAGAACCCAGUCUGGCAGCAGUAAAAGCAGAUCGAGUUAGUGGAGAAGCCUCUCAGCAGAGUACGAACGUGUUGCAGGGCCUCAAUGUGACAGCAGUGACGCUGGAUAAAGCUAGGGGAGGAAAAGGUAGGCCCAGGAAUWUGCACAUGUGCAUUGAGCAAGAAGAUACUGCCCUUCCCCAGGACAGUGCCAGGCAGGAAGAAACUCGGGUAUCCAGCUCCAGUUCAGAAGGAGAAAUAAGUGUCCUGCAGGGCAGGGAAACCAACUGUCGAGUGGCCCAAGGGCAGGAAGUUGUAGACAGAAAUUGUGCAAAAGUUACUGACAUCCCUGCAGAUUCCCUCUUGACAAGARAGGUAUCGAAUACUCUGAGAGGUGCCGAGCGAGUUCACCAAGCAAAACCCCCGUGAAGGUGCAGAGAUCCAUCCCUGUGGAGCCACGUGCAAGUAAGUAAAGGGGGUCCCUCUGCCGUAGCCUCGACGUCCCGCUGUAAAGCGAUCUCAGCRGCUGCUGAAAACACCCAUUGAGCACCAAAACCCUGUUUGCAGAUGAUUCGAAGCCCAGCUGCAGCUCAAGUCAAGAGGAUGAGCRCAUAGGAGGAGCGUGUCCAUUCAACCAGCCAUAUUUCCGUGGAUUUCGCUGGAUUUGCAUGCUUUCRGGGCUUGCAAGGCGGAAACAAUUUCUUAUUCUCAGAUCUACUGUGGAUGCCCUGCAGCUGCCCGACAGUGACUUUUGUUUUUCUGAAUGAACUUCUUUGCAUUGAGUGCCCCCCUUCUCCUUUUUCAAAAGUGGUUUCUAAAAUUUUACAUUUCUGUGAACUUUUACCUUCAUUUACUACUUUGGUGCAAUAGAGCAAAGCUAGGUUUGCUAUAGGAGGUCCCUAAAGUAAAUGCCAAGGAUAUUCUCAGCUCUGUUCAUUUUCAGUGAUAGAGCUUUCUCUGCCUCUGUUUCUAGUAGCUAGAAAAAAAAACAGUUUUUCACUACUACUUUCUAAUCUGUGUUAAUUUUAAAUGACACUGCAGUCAUGCAUUCAUCUCGGUGUAAGUGCCCCCACACAGAUUUCACUGAACAACCUAAGAGGUGUGAAUUUAUGGUGUGGACUGGUUCAUUUUCAUUUAUGUGUCGUGAAGUCCUUGGGUUAGUUGGCUCUUAACUCUUGUCCCUGUGGAUUGAUUUACUAUAUGCCCUAUCUGCUCCUUUUCGCACAACUUACCUGCCCCAAACCACCACGCCGUGUCACUUGGUUUCUGAAUCUCUYGGGC